AUGAGCCGUGCUUUCUGCAUCCCAGGAAUCAUCUUCCUCCUGUGUGCACUUGUGCUUUCACUAAUCGUCUCGAUUUCGCUCCCCUUCUUGACGGAAAUCGACUUUGUGCGCGUCCAUUUCGGGCAAGGGGUCGUAACGAGUGGCCAAGGUAUGACACAGCUGAGGUUUGGUAUCUGGGCCCCCUGCUACUUCACGAACGAUGGCGUGAAAUCCUGCUUCAGUGCGCAUCAUGGAUACUCUGUCUCAGUUGCCAACCAAGCCAAAACUGCCAGCAUUAUCGUUGGAGGCAGCUGGACGCGUGGUCUUGCGGUCCAUCCAGUCGCUACGGCAGUCACUUUUAUUGCGUUCCUCAUGUCGUUUUCGACCCACCACUUGGUGACGUUGAUGGCCUCCCUUGUCUCCUUCCUAGCUGCGGCUCUCACGCUCAUCGCCUUCGCGAUUGAUAUUGCCCUUUAUGCAUUUGUGCACCAUGAAAUCAAGAAGCUGCCAGAUGUCUCUGGCAAGACAAAGACUAGCGUCGCCUUCUGGAUGACAUUCGUGCAGUUGAUCCUUCUCCUUCUCGCUGGUUGCACUGUCUGCUUUGGACGCCGCAAAGACCGUCUCUCCGGCGCGUCUUCGUAUCCAAUGUCUUCUUACUCGAAGCCUGGGUUCUUCUCCCGGUUCCGCCGCGGAAAGAACUAA